AUGCGACAUCAUCUGCUAGCCUUAAACAUGUUCUCAAAGGGUUGUGGGCACCCAAAGUUUUUCCCCGCUAUUCGUCAAUAUUUGAGAGAUUACAAACCGGACGUUGUCGGUCUAGUUGAACCCUGUAUUAGUGGCUUUAAAAUCGAUGAUGUCAUUGCCUCCCUCAGUUUCCCCAACUCCCACAUAAUCGAAGCUGCGGGUUCUCUCGUGGAAUUUGGCUCUAUUGGUACAAUUCAGUUUUCCCAAUGCUUCUAUAAGAGGAAAUUAUUAUGGCCCCAUCUUCGCCACCUUGCUUCGAUAAUCACCUCUCCUUGGUUAAUGUUUGGCGACUUCAACGUAACUAUUAGCCAUGAUGAUCGGAUGGGAUAUGUCGCCUCCUCCAAGCCUAGCACUGCCUUCCGGGAUACCCUCUUUGAUUUUAGCCUCCGAGAUAUGGGUUUUCAAGGACCGCUUUACACGUGGUCAAUGGGUACCACUCAUGCUCGUCUCGACCGCUUCAUUUGUAACUCGCACUAG